AUGCUGCCAACCGAGAUUUCAGGAGGAGUGUGUUUCACCUCAAGCGAUCACACCGAGGGAAGGAGAGAAGGGAUGAAAACAGAGGAGAGCCAGUCGUGUCUGCAGCAGCCUCCAUCCUCCACGCCUUUCGGUCCAGAGUACGGGACAGGGGGAGAGGUGUGCGCGGGCUGCGAGUCGCCCAUCGCCGACCGUUUCCUGCUGCGGGUGAACGAGCGCUCCUGGCACGAGACCUGCGUCAAGUGCGCCGUGUGUCUGAGCACCCUCACCGGGACCUGUUACUGCCGGGACCGCCUGCUGUACUGCAAGCACGACUAUGAGAAGCUGUUUGUAAGGAAGUGUAGCGCCUGCCUGCAGGUGAUUGGACGUUCGGAGCUGAUAAUGCGUGUGCUGGGCCAGGUGUACCACCUGGGCUGCUUCAGCUGCUGCGAGUGUGAGCGCCGGCUGCAGAGAGGUGAUGAGUUUGUGCUGAAAGAAGGCCAACUACUGUGUCGCGUCGACUAUGAGAAGGAGAGAGAAAUGCUGGCUGCCAUCAGUCCCACCCCAACUGAAUCAGUGAAGAGUGAGGAUGAGGACGGUGGAGGAGGCUCUGGCGGGGGCAAGGGUGGCGAUGAAGGCAAGGAGCACAAACGUUCAAAGCGACCCCGCACCAUCUUGACCACACAGCAGCGGCGUGCGUUUAAAGCCUCCUUUGAAGUGUCCUCUAAACCUUGCCGCAAGGUAAGAGAGACGCUGGCUGCCGAGACUGGACUGACAGUGCGAGUCGUGCAAGUGUGGUUUCAAAACCAGAGAGCGAAGAUGAAGAAGAUCGCUCGCAGACAGCAGCAACAGCAGCAGCAGCAGCAGGAACAAGAGCAGCUGGGUGGGACCAGGAGAGGACCGAGCAGAGGGGGCCGACAGAGUAACGAUGACAGUGAGGAUGGCUCUAGCACUCAUGGAAUGGAGGGGAUACUGGGAUAUCCCUCACUGCCACGUCAGCAGCUUCUGGCCCUGGACCCCAAUAUCUACGGAGGCGAGCCGUUCCGACAUGGGCUUACACCUCCUCAGCUGACCAGUGAGCAGCUCCACUCCUAUGACUCAGAGACAGUGUUCCACGACCUGGACAGUGACGGAAGCCUCGGACACCUCGGCGACUGUCUCCUAGCAACAGGGGAGGGUGGUCUCCUGCCGGGGCGGGUGGGAAACCCCAUCGACCGUCUGUACUCCAUGCAGAACUCCUACUUUACCUCCUGACCCUUAUAAACUCUCACCCUUUCCCAGCUCCUCCACCUUUCACCUCUCAGAGAUGCAGCUAAUGGAGUCUGUCCAUCAACAUGCCUGUCGGACCACUCUCCAUGAAACAGCCUACACCCAAACACAGUCCUGAGCUUUCACCACAGGCCAAAAUCAUCAGACGUUAGGCAUAGUUAUAAUGUCACUUUGCAGCUACCCGAUUGACAUAGUGUGCCCGUUAAUUUUCCUAGAUAAGAAUCACAUGCUGGAAAUACAGACACUGUAAAUGUACAAGAAAUGUAAAAGGAACCUCAGUUUCUCCUGUGUAUUUAUGUCCUGUUUAAUCAAACAUAGGGUUUUAUGGCACUUUUCAAAAAACAAAACAAAACAAAAAAACAGACAAACAAAAGGCAAAUGUCAA